GGGGCAACGGGGGCAGAAACCGCGGUGCGCGCAAUGGAGACAUGCUGAAUGUCUGUGAAACCACUUGUUCAAGAUCAGUUGGCACUUACAUGUAUGGCCAGUAACUAAUUUAAGGGAUUUUGCUCUUAAAGAGAUGAAACAAGAUCUACAGGACUAAGGGAUUGAUGCGCAAAAGGGGCCACCACUUACACGUGGCCAGAUUCUGUUCUUACCUUUCAGCAUUGCAACAUGGCGCGUAUCUCUACUAUAUUGUUCAUCUGCGUAACAUCUUUGCUCAGUGGAGUUAAGAGCGUAUCUGAGUUGUGCCGGGGGACGCGCUGUUUCUCUGGCCAGGACUGGAGCAGACCGUGCGUCGGAGCGCACUGCCAGGGGCGCACGGAGGCAGCAGCGACCCGACGACAGCUUCACCACUCUGCGCAGUCCAGACAAGGACAAGUCUACCAGGGUUACCAACAGGAUGCUCAUUACAGUCAUCACCAAGCCCAGAGCGCACCGCUGGCACCGUACACCAUCGUCCAACCUCAGCAGGGAGGGUAUGCGCAACACGCGGGCACGGAUGGCACCAGGAGGACGAACCCGAGAACCAUCACGGCGGAGGUGUUUCACCCUGGCUGCGCCGGUGGGACCUGUCCGACCACAGGCUCUCACCGCAAGACAAGUGAUGACAGUGCAACGCGGGAAUGCAAAGGGAUUGAAUGUAAACUUCCUCACCGGAUGCGCCAGAAGCCCAAGUCUUGCGUCGGAGACGGCUGCGGUGCGCAUGCAGGAGACGACGGGAGAGGACACUCUUCACCGGUUCAUGUGACGGAUAGAGCGGCGCAGUUUCUGGAUGAGCUUCCAGACUUUGGGUCGGAACGUGGCGCAUGGAUACAGCUGACAUGUGACAUGAAACCAGGGUCCAAUGAGCUCCCCUCAGAGGACGCUCUUGUGCUGCAGCUGCAGCUGUCAAAGAGCCAGGAGAAGCUUGUUGAGGCCCUCAGGGGCCAGCAGGACGAGGUCAGGGAGCUGCAGAGGCUCCUCACUGAGCAGCAGGGGACGCUGGUCAACCAGCAGAGAGAAAUCCUGGAGCAGCAGAGGAGGAUGUAUGAACAGAUGGAGCAAGUUAAAGCCCAGUACAACAUCAUGAUGGAUAGCAUCAAACAAACAUCUUUCCCAAACCUCCAGACAGAGCUGGACAGUCGCAUGGAAAGCAUGAGUGGGCAGGUCAGAGCUCACCAAGCACAGCAGGCUCUGUCUCUGCACAAGGUGGACAUGGAGGCCAGCGUGAUGGAGGUGGGGCGCUCCCUGUUGUCCUGCGGGAGCUGUGGUCCUGAGGAGUACUGUGGCUUCAGCAGUGGUUAUCCUCGCUGUGAGAAAUGUACCAUCUGUCCUGCCGGCUUCUUCCUGGUCGACCAGUGUUCAGUCCACACAGACAGAAUCUGCCAGGACAGAGAUGAGUGCCUUGAAAUAGCUGAUCUGUGUGGAGAUGUACAGAAAUGUCUCAAUACUCCAGGUGGAUUCAGGUGCCAGGGCAUGACAGAGCGAGACGCCAACUCAGGAAUGUGCGGCCAUGGCUACUUCUUCAACUCAGACAUGGACGAGUGUCAGGCAUGUAAUGAGUGUGACGGAGACCCAGUGGCUUCACCUUGUACCUUCAUCACAGACACCAUCUGCUCUGGCCCUACUACGUCAGGUGACAGCACCCUCUCUCUGUCCUGGGCUGGAGAUGUGAAUCUGCCUGGCACAAGAGGCCACGUCCUGGCUCAUGCCUUCCCCAGCGUGCAGCUUCACAUCCUGGGGAGAAGUGAUGCCGCUCUGGUCUCUGCUGAGGAUGGGCGCCUGGUGCUGAGGCAGCACGGUCUGAUCUGGCUGGAUGAGAAUCUGUCGGUGAGCCACGGCUGUCGUAGCUUCAUCCAGUUGUGUCUGCGUAUGAACAGCACAGACAGCUCUGAGGGCCGCGAUCUCAGUGGCGUCAGGAUCGAGCAGCAGGAGGCAAGGUCGCUUCAGAGUGUCAGCAUCAGUGGGGUAGCAGAGGUCGCCCCAGGUCACAUGAUCUCCAUCUUCCUCAGGAGCGCGAGCCACCACUGUAACCAAAGCAGUGAAGGUCUGCAGCUGCACGACCCCUCAGCAGCUCCACUCAGUCUCCUCUGGCUCUCCCAUGACACCGGGGCUGUUGCCAUGACAGCACAGGCCAUGGUGUCUGCACACUACCAUACAAACUAUCGCCCAGUCUUCCGCACCACCUCCACCUCUGACCCUUAUGUUGUGGGACUGACUCAUGACGGCCGUGGGAUCCGAUUUGCAGAAAGUGGCACAGUGCGUUUUGUGUUUCAGCAGGCGUUGUACUCCAUGGGCCAGGCGUGUGUGAGUGAGGGAUUCCAACUGUUGGCGUACCUCAAUCGUAACGGAACUGGCACAGAGCUGUGUCGUACCUUCAAACCAGGGGUCCACUAUCGAGACACAUCCUUAUCAAUGUCUGGAGCGGCUAAAGUUGACUCUGGGGACACGCUUGGCUUUGAGAUCCUCUCUCCUGCUCAGUGCAACGUACGUUUCUUUGGCGACGAGACAGGCAUCAGUAUCCUCAGCUUGGUUUGGGUCCCUGCAGCUAUCUCUUCAUCUCUGUCUGCUGCCGUGUCUCACACUGGCCUUCCUUCAGGAGCAGUUCGAAACAAACCACUGUUCUUCCGCCAGACCAGCGCUCAGGUGUCCCAGAUGGAGCUGCUGGGGAAGGGAUCCAUAGAUCAGAGACGAGAUUUUGUCUUCAGGGAGAGUGGCACAGCUAGUGUGGCUCUGGAUCUCAAACUCAUUCACUCCUGCAACCUGGUCAAGGUGACUCUUCUGAGGCGAAGUGAGGGGACAGGAGGAGGCCGGGAGGCAGAGGGAGCGCGACCUGUUCCUCUGGCCCAGCAGGUGGGUGGUCAGAUGCCUGACGGCAGCCGUUGGGCCAGUAUUAGCCUGCGGGCGUCCUUCCAGGUUCAUAACGGCACAGCGAUGUUCUUCACACUGGACUGUGUACGCGGACGAGUCAACCAGAUCAGCUACCAAACAGGAAGUGGAGUGUCAGUCCUCUGGGUGGCAGCAUAAGAGAAAAGUUGACCAUGUUGGGGUUUUUUUAUGUGAUUUUCCUGUUCAAUAGACCAGAUGUUAAAACAUUUAUAUGAUGGAAUAGUUUCAUUGGUUUGAUUUUAGAGGAACAGUUUGACAUUUUGAGAAAGACACUUUUUAACUUUCUUGCCAGGAGUUAGUCGAGAUUAUUGAUAGCACUCUCAUAUCUGUCUGUUCAAUAUAAAGCUAAAGCCAGCAGCCUGUUAGCUUAGCUUAGCUUAGCUUAGCAUAGAGAUUAGACCCAGAUGGAAACGGCUAGCCUGGCUGUGUCAAAAGGUAACUAUUAACAUGUUACGUCUUGUUUGUUUAACCUAAGCAAAGUGUAAAAGCAACAAGUUGUGGUUUUAUGCCAGGCUAGCUGCUUCUCCUUGCCCCCAGCCUUUAUGCUAAGCUAAGCUAACGUCUCCUGGCUGUAGAUGUUAGCUUAGCUUGACAUAAAGAGGCCUGGCUCUGUCCAAAGGUAACAAAACAAACCUGUUAGCACAUGUAAAACUCACUAAUCAAAACUUUUUUCACCUAAGAAAAGUGUAAAAGCAAGGUUUUAUACCAGGCUAGCUGCUUCUCCUUGCCCCCAGCCUUUAUGCUAAGCUAAGCUAACCAUCUUCAGGCUGUAGCUAAAUGUUUAGGCUACCACUCCCGUAUCUGUCUUUAAAUAUGAAGUUAAAGCCAGCGAACUCUUAGCAUAGCUUAGCAAUAAUAAAAUAAACUAACUGUCUCCUGGCCAUAGCUUCAUAUUUGACAUAUAGAUAUGUGAGUGGUAUCUAUAUUCUCACUCUGCAAGAAAGUGAAUAAGCAUAUUUCUCACAGUUUGAACUAUUCCUUUAAGCUGCUUGACUUUGUAGUGAGUAGCCUACAGCUAAUUUUGUUCAAACAUGGACUUUUAUUUAAAAAUGUAACAUCAUACGUCAGUAAUUGUAUUUAUAACAAAGCAAGUAUUAGUUUUGUGUAAUGAUUUCUACAUUAAGUAAAUGGUGGUUCUGAUCUGAUCUCACACUUGUGUUUUCUGCUUUUAUAUGUUUAGAAAUUCCAUGUGCUCUACUUCUGUCUUUUAUUUAUGUAAUUCAGUUAUUCUGUUGACACCAAAAGACCCCCAGCUCAUUCCCACUGUGACUACAGCAUUUUCUGCUGUCACCAAAAGCUGUACGCUGGUGCUGGUUUCAUUCAGUAGUGUGUUUUUUAAGAGCAUGUGUUUCAUGUUAGCCGCCAUUUUCUAAUGUGAAUAUCUACUGCAUGCCUUGUUUAAUGACCACUUCUGCAUAUUAUGGACUUAAAGAGAUUCAUGUGUGUCUCACUGAGGCCCUGUAGACAUUAAACUGCCCUGGAGAGACACCAUGCUAUUUUGAAUAUUAACACCUUAAGGCAUAGUUAUUGUUUACUCAAACUAAACUGUAAUAAAGUGUAUAUUUGAUGUUUUAUA